GUCAGAUUUAGCGUUUGUUUUUAAGAUUUUUUGUUGUUGCAGUAAAUAUGACUGAAAUCUAAAGCAAAAAUAUAGAUAGAAUGAUUUAUUUUCAUUGGUGUUAUUAAACAUGGAGUAUUAUUAGAUGGAGCUUGAAGUUGACAAUAUAAAUCUUGCUGAUGAGUUGCUAACUUUUCGACAGCAAUGGCAUGAAGAGUUGCUGGUUUUACAAGAAAAUAAAGAAGAUCAAACAAGUAAAAAUCUUUCUGUUGAAGAAAAAGCUGCACAGUUUUUUAAGCAAGGUGCACAAUUUGAAGCUGAUGGAAACAUAAAUGCAGCUCUUUAUUUCUAUCGUCAGGCAGUCAGAUUAGUUCCUGAUAUCGAGUUUAGUUCGAGAUUAGUUCCUGAUAUCGAGUUUAAGAUUAAGUAUGAUGAAAGAGACCAGAUUGAUACAGAGCAAGAAGUUAAAAUUGGUUUUUCUGACAAUAGUACUGAGAUCAAUACCUUAGAAACACUAACAAUUUCUUUGCAAUAUUUAAAUGUUAAAGGAUCAUGCAUUGCUGAAGUUCCUCAAAAGGGUUUACAUAUAUCAGCACUACCUACCGAACUGCUUAAUGUUAUCAUUUGUUGGAUUGUUUCUUUGGAUCUAGAUAUUAAAUCUCUGGAACGACUGUCAUUAGUUUGCAAAUGGUUUUAUACAUGUGCCAGAGAUGAGGAUUUAUGGAAAACAAUUUGCAAAAAGCUUGCAUGCUUUUUUAGAAUUUGGGGUACCUCUUGCAAAGUCACACAUUUAUACUCUAAUUCUUGGAGAUUGAUGUAUUAUCAGCGACCUCAUAUACAAUAUAAUGGUCUUUAUAUAAGUGUGAAUACUUAUAUACGUACUGGAGAACAAACAUUGAACAGCAGCUAUAAACCCUGUCAUCUGGUACAAUACUGCAAAUACCUGCGCUUUUUUACUGAUGGUACUGUCCUAGUCUAUGCAUCUGCUGAUGAUCCUAAACUUGUUGUUGAGGUAAUGCAUUCACCUCCUUAUCGUGAUCGAACUGUGUAUAAAGGUCAUUAUAGAUUAGUUGGCACUAAUUUUAUACAUGUUUAUUAUAUGCGAUCAUCUGCCGUGUUUGAUGGGAAGAGGAAACGAAAUACUGUUCUUGAGACACAAGAACAGCAUUUUUUCAUGCGUCUGAUACUAGAAAAUACUAAGAAACAAAAGAAUAAUAAACUCUCAUGGGAAAAUUAUUCAUAUCAAGUUAAAAACAAAAAGAGUGGCCAAGUGAAUGAAGGAAAAGUUGAUACUGUUUUUCGUCCAUAUAUUUUCAAUCCUGUUCGAAGCUAUUGUGCUUAUUCAUCUGCAAGUUUAUAAAAAGUUUCAUCUGUUGUCUACAGUUCAUCAGUUUAUAAAUUGUUAAUGAUUUAAAGAUUGUUAUAUAUAGUUUUCA